CUCUGGAGAGAAAGGUUCUGAGGUCAACGCCACAUUAAUGUCCCUCAGGUCAGCUACGCUCCAGCUCUGGGCCCUCUUGCUGGGGUUACUGGGGAGCACCAUGUACAUCCAGGCAGAAGACUCAGAUGCAGAUACAUGUCUGCCUAUUCCAUCUCCAAGCGAACCUUCCGAUACAAAUUACAAGGCUCUGCGGAAUUUAGAAGAACAAUGUGAAAACAAGGGUCUUCAGGAUGGACAGAGUAGUGCAGUCAUGCUAUUUCUGAGGAACUGCAGUGGACAGAUGGAACAUGGCAGAAGUGAAUAUGUAGAUGUGGAACAUCUGGAAGAGAGAGCUGAGGAUGUGGCAUCCUUAUACAGUGGUCUUCACCUUCCUGCCAGUGUUGGUGGCGGUUUUUUUCUGAAUAUAUCUUGUUUGCUAGAGUCUCAGAAUGAGUUGAACUGCAGCUGGGAUGCAACAGUCAUCCCUGAUGAUGCUCAGUAUUCCACCUCUGGUUUACUCUGUGGCAUGCAGGAGAACAUGGUGGGGUCCUGGAACUGUACUACAUACCGCCUGGGAAACCUCACAGGAUGUCAGGGGAAAACAAAGGAUGUCAGGGUCACUGAAGAUCAAGACCAAGACCAUUUCCAAAUAAUUAUACGUGUCAAUGUGUCUCUCAGUGGAUUCUGGUAUAUCCACACUGAAACAUUUGAGAGCGAGAUUAUUGAAAAACCGGAUCCACCAAAGAUUGCAAAUGCCUCUUUCAAAGGGCUGUCAGGAAAUUGCAGCUUGGAAAUCCAGUGGGUUGAAGCAUUGACACCCCAUUGCCUCAUCCAUGAGAUCAAGAUAUAUGAUGAGGUUAUAACCCUCAACAUAAUCCUCAAAGGAGUUAAGAAGUUUAGUCACCUUGAGCCAAACAUAGACCGGACCAGAAAAUACACUGUAUGGAUGAGAGUGGCCUCGUUAUGCACGAUGGGUGAAAAAUCCGGUCCCUGGAGUGAUUGGACUAAACCAAUGGUGGUGGGACCAGACAAGGAACCUCAACCUGAAUAUAGCACCGUGAUGAUUCUGGCCAUUGUCCUCGGACUACCCAUGAUUCUCUUGGUCUUCCUGCUUGUUUUCUGUAAACUGCAGAGGAUUGUAUGUCAACCAAUUCCAAGACCUGCCAAUCGAGUCAAAAUUAUUCUGGAGAAAGAUUAUGGCAUCCAGUCAGAGCCGGAAAAACAAGCUGAGGAGUUCUUCAUUGAGCAUGUGACUGAAAUGGAUGUAAAAUAAGCUGACAUCUGAAGGAGGGAAAAUGUACACACAACACCAAAUAACUCCAAUAACAUGCAAGGAAAUUAAUCAUUGUUGGUAUUGAUGUUGCUAAACAUGGAUGGAUAGACCAGGUUGAAAUGACAAAAAUGUGCCUAAAUAAGAAAAAAUCGAGUAGCCGAAAUGUUGG